ACAGACCCACAGCGAGACCGACACACACUCACAUACACUCACACACAGAACCGCACGCAGCGAGGCUCGGGAAGUCAGGCCGGCUCCUCGCCCCAGCGUCUCCUCCGCUCCAGCCGGCCGGGUCUCCCUGGGGGCCCGGAGCUCGGCCGGGCCGCGCAGACGAGCUCGGCGGACCCCGGUUCCUUCAUGGGCAAACGCGGGCGGCCGCGCAAGGAGGCGCGCUACGAGGGCGCGGGGCUGGUCCCCGCCGCGCCCCCGGCCGUGCCCCCGGCGCAGCCCGAGGAGCCCGCGGGGGCCAAGCCCAGGUGCCCCUUCUCGGACAUUUUCAACACCAGCGAGAACUCGAUGGAGAAGCACAUCAACACUUUUCUGCAGAACGUGCAGAUUCUGCUCGAGGCCGCCAGCUACCUGGAGCAGAUCGAGAAAGAAAACAAAAAGUGUGAACAUGGCUAUGCCUCUUCCUUCCCCUCCAUGCCGAGCCCCCGGCUGCAGCAUUCAAAGCCCCCACGGAGAUUGAGUCGGGCACAGAAACACAGCAAUGGGAGCAGCAACACCAGCACUGCCAACAGAUCUACACACAAUGAGCUGGAAAAGAAUCGACGAGCUCAUCUGCGCCUGUGUUUAGAACGCUUAAAAGUUUUGAUUCCACUAGGACCAGACUGCACCAGGCACACAACACUCGGUUUGCUCAACAAAGCCAAAGCACACAUUAAGAAACUUGAAGAAGCUGAAAGGAAGAGCCAGCACCAGCUUGAGAACUUGGAACGAGAACAGAGAUUCCUAAAGCGGCGACUGGAACAGCUGCAGGGUCCUCAGGAGAUGGAACGAAUACGAAUGGACAGCAUUGGAUCAACUAUUUCUUCAGAUCGUUCUGAUUCAGAGCGAGAGGAGAUUGAAGUGGAUGUUGAAAGCACAGAGUUCUCCCAUGGAGAAGUGGACAAUAUAAGUACCACCAGCAUCAGUGACAUUGAUGACCACAGCAGCCUGCAGAGUAUUGGGAGUGAUGAGGGUUACUCCAGUGCCAGUGUCAAACUUUCUUUCACUUCCUAGAACCCAGCAUGACAUAACAGUGCAGGGCAAAAUAUUCACUGGGCCAAUUCAAUUCAAACAGUCUCUUAAAUUGGGUUCAUGAUGCAGUCUCCUUUAAAACUAAACAAAACAAAACUAUACUUGAACAGAAGGGUCAGGGAGGGACCCAUACUUAAGCAAAUACUUAGCAAAAAGUGGGGCACAGCCUCCCCAGCAGAACAAAUAUUCAUAAUAUUCAUAUUGGAAAAAAAUCAUAAUUUCUAAUGGCAGCAGAAAACUUGUGUGAAAUUUUGGUUUGAUUGCGUUGAUUUAAAAGAGGACAUUGGAGAUUCCAUGCUCUUUUUCUUUUCUAGUUUGCUCAUAUACAUUGAGUUGAAACAUUUAGGGAUGGGGUUAAUGAACCCUUCCUGAGUUUUAUGGUAAAAACAAAAUCAAACCUAUAGUAAUGAAAAGACAAGAUCAUCAGGCGUUAAUCUUGGAUAGCUAAAGAGCUAUUAAAACUCAGCCUAGGAUAGUUUAUCCUGAAGCCUGUGGAUGGUCAAUACUUUAAAAAAAAAAAAAAGCUUAUUUCAUUCUCUGCAAAAGGAGACUCCCAUGAAGCCUUUUGAAAGGGAUCAUUAUGCAGCUCAGCUUUCUGUUGGAUUCCAUGCUAAGCAAGCUAACCUUAUCCUGCAUUGUUAGCUAGCACUAGGGCACCUAACUGCCAACUCACCAGCCCGCAGCCCCUAGGGCCGCAUGGGGGCAGUCAAUGCACGACAGCCUCUACACAAGGUGUAUGAAUGUGGAUUGGGGGACCAGAAGGAGAAAGCUCCACGUGCCUCUGUAUCUGCAUGGGUCAGAAGAGUUGUGCACGCAGAUUAGCAGGCCAAGGUCUGAGCCACGGCAGCAUUUUUAUUUCAGAUUUUGAUAACUGUUUAUAUGUGUUGAAAACCAAAAUGACAUCUUUUUAAAGCUUGUCCAUAAAAAAAAAAAAUAGAUGUCUUUUAUAGUGGAAAAACACAUGGGAAAAAAAAUCAUCUAUUUUGAUGCAGCAUUUGAUAAUGAUAAACACCUCACACCUCACUCUUUAUAGUGCACAAAGUGAAUGAGGUCUGGGCUAGGUAGAAAAAGGUCAAUGCUGUUUUUGUUUCCUUUUAGAAUCAUUACCAGUUUUUAACCAUCUGAUAUCUAUAGUAGACACACUAUCAUAGUUAACAUAGUUAAGUUCAGCACUUGUCUCAUUUUAAUGUAAAGAUUUGCUUCCAUUUUCCCACGAGCAGUCUCUCUCCUUCCUCAUAAUCCCACUGUGCAGGUGCUAUUACUCUUAUAAAUAUCUUCAGAAAUGUUAUUUUCUUUUAAGUGAAAUUUCUAGCCUGCACUUUGAUGUCAUGUGUUCCCUUUGUCUUCAAACUCCAAGGUUCCCCUCUGGCCCUCUCCCUUACCCUGGGAAGCCUUCUUGGAGCCCUUACUCCUGGCUGUUUGGACUUUGUAUACUUUAAAUAAUUUAACUACCCUUAAGUACUUUAAAAAAAAAAAAAAAAGCUUUAUGAUUUUCAUAACUUAUUGCUGAUUUUAAUGGGUUGUUAAUUUCAGUCCUGUAGUUUUAUUUUAUGUUUAGAUAGGGCUGGGCAAGGAAAAAGAAAAUAAAGACAACCAUAUUUAGCAGUGCAGUUGAGUUGUGUGUUAAUGUCAGACUGUCCUUUUCGUGAGUAGCACUUUUAACAGCAUUCACUACUUCUGUAUAUGAAGUGUACCAUCUUGGUCACAUAUAAGGCUUCGGCAUAUACUUACCUGUUCAUGUACUCUUCUGGUGCCUCCAAAAAUAUUUUUUCCUUGUGCUGUGUUUCGGUGGAAGAAAUUCUUUGAAGUAGAUAUGUGUGAAAAACUACAUACCUUUAGAAGCCCAGUAUUAGAACUUGCUACACUUCAGGUGCUGGAGACUUAAUGAAAAACAUACAACAAAUUCAUUUCUUUGGCCCAAAUUAUUUCUGGUUUCAUUUAUUACUACUGGCCAGGUCAAGAUGUUGCUUUAUAUAUUUGCUUAUUUUUGACUUUCCCAAGUGAGUUUAAAGACUGUGCUAAAUACCGUGGAAAGUAAAUGGAAACCAGUGAUGAAGCUUGCAUUUUGUUUUUCUCAUGGCAUUCACUUGCAUCUUUUGGCCUAAGGCUGAAGUUUCGGACUUCAUUCAGGUGAACAUGAGGUGCUGCCAUUUUGUUGUAUGCAUACAGGAUGAUGGGUUGGGAA